AAAUUUAAUAGACAGGGCCAACCAAUGGUUGUAUUCCCAACCAACAUGGGAAUCCAAAACAUGUGAAAGUGUUGAGUUUAAAAGCUAUGCAGGUCAGAUGAUUCAGAAUGAAAAGAUGGUAUACUAUGAACGAGGAGAACACCGAACAUGGUUUGUCCGGGGAUUGAGAUUGUGGAUUGUUCCUCGUGCUGACCCUAGCCGUCCACCUCAACAACUUGGUUAUGUCAACCUGGUACCUGAAACUACAGGAACUUCAGGCUUUUGGGGUUUCCCAACAUUUGAAACACUUAGUUGUCUUCUUGCCAGGUUCAAUAGCUCCUCACAUACAAAUCCAUUACCAGGUAGAAUUUUAACAGUAGAAUGCCAGGAAAUGAAAAUCUCAGACUUCUCAAACUUCGACCCUGACCGUUCUUUUUGGUCAGAACAUGGUGAUAGGCAACGUCAUUUUCUGUUUGUCAUAAGAGUCUUUUAUGAACAUGGUUUACCAUCAGUUGAAGACAUUGGUCUUGCAGACUUUGUCCCAGCAGCUUUGUCAGAAGGAGGUUUCUUUUCAUUUCCCAUCUUUGAACCUUAUUCUAAUGUCAUUACAAAAGCUUCUCAGUGGUGUGCUCAACAAGUAGGACUUCGGUUUUGCAAUGCACAAUCCAUUGAAGUAAAAAUGAAAAAUGGUUAG